AGUCGAGACGCCGUCCCCCCCCAGAUCGAGCGACGAACCAACCCACCGAUCCCCGCCGUGUCCGUCGCGCCGCCGAAUGGAUCCCGUCGAUGUGGGGAAACAACCUCAAGACCAUCCCCCCUGGGGUGGAUGGCCAUGCGCGUCUGGAAGCCCUUCGCAAGCGGGUGCAGGGGGCCGAGGGUCCUAAGCCGGGCUCGGAGGAGGAUCGGCACCCAUAUUCGCGCUCCGACCACAUGCUGGUCCGCUUCCUCAUCGCACGGCAGUGGGAUGUGGAGAGAGCGGUGGCCAUGCUCGAGAGCCACUACAGGUGGCUGGCGGAGACGAAGAUGUCCAAGCUUCUCCUGGAUCCCUUCCCGGAAGAGAUGCACAUCAAGCGCUUCUACCCACAGGCCUACCAUGGAACCGACAAGCUCGGCCGUCCUUUGUAUAUCGAACGCCCUGGGCAAAUCGACAUGCCGCGACUCCUACAGGCCACGACCUGUGAGCGGAUUCUCCAGUACUUCUACGCGCAGACGGAGCUCCAGAUCCGUCGACGACUACCGGCCUGCAGUCUCGUUCGGGGUGAGGUGGUCGACAAGUCUUUGAACAUCAUGGACUUGGAUGGCCUCAGCUUCCGAAUCG